AUGUGGAGGCCUAUGCGGAUGACAUCCUCAUCACAAAAGUCUCGCCACUUCAUCCUUUCUGUCAGAUGUGAGGGAAGUCUUCGGUGUCCUGCGAGACUCGAGAAUGAAGCUGAAUCCCAAGAAAUGCGUCUUCGGCGUCACCUCGGGAAAAUUUUUAGGGUAUCUGGUUUCCCACCGGGGAAUCGAGGCCAACCCCGACAAGGUCAAGGCCAUUCAGGACAUGUCUCCACCUCGGAAUAUCCGAGAAGUCCAACGGCUGAAUGGACGCCUGGCCGCGCUGAAUCAGCUGAGAAAGCUCUGCCCUUCUUUAAGGUGCUCAAGAAGGCUGACCAGUUUGCCUGGACGGAAGAGUGCCAGGCUGCUUUCGACAAACUGAAGCAAUACCUCCAUCACCUACCAACUCUUGCUUCACCUCGGCCCGAGGAGAAGCUCUACCUCUACCUCUCCGCAGCCGACGAGGCUGUCAGCGCUGUUCUUAUCCGGGAUGAGGGCACCCAAGUGCCCGUCUACUACGUCAGCCGAGCUCUCCGAGGGCCGGAGACUCGAUACACUCAAGUGGAAAAACUGGUGCUGGGGCUAGUCCACGCCGCUCGGCGGCUGAAACCCUAUUUCUUGGCUCACCCCAUAUCCCUCAGGACUGACCAGCCUCUCCGACAGAUACUGGUUCGACCCGAGGCCUCCGGGCGCCUCACAAAGUGGGCCGUCGAGUUAGGGGAGUACGACCUGUCGUAUGAGCCGCGCACCGCCAUAAAAGCUCAAGGCUUAGCCGACUUCUUGGCCGAGCUCACCUUCACGAAAGGUCCAGAGUCCACCUCUGCCUUUGCCGAGGUGAGCACCCCAUCCCUGUGGACAUUGUAUGUAGAUGGAUCCUCUAAUGGGGAUGGCAGCGGAGCUGGAGUGCUCCUGGAAGGACCUCAGGGAGAAGUGUGCUCUUACGCCCUCCGCUUUGGCUUCCCAGCCACCAAUAACGAAGCCGAGUACGAGGCCUUGAUUGCUGGACUCCAACUGGCCCGCAGGCUCGGCGCCCAGCAAAUCCACGUCCGCAGUGACUCCCAACUCGUUGUACGCCAAGUUCUUGGUGAAUACGAGGCCAAGGGUGAGACCAUGCAACGGUACCUCUCCAAAGUUCACCAACUCACCGGGUACUUCGAGUCCUUCGAAAUCCAAAGAAUACCCCGGUCCCAGAAUAAGCGAGCCGAUGCCUUAUCCCGGCUGGCUUCUACGUCAUUCUCUGACCUCAACAAAACUGUCUUAGUGGAAGUCCUGAGUGAACCAGGAUACGUGGAAGAGGUGGCCUGCCCCGUGCACUCUGAAGAAACCUGGAUGACCCUGUUCAUCCUUUUCUGGGUCACGGAGCCCUCCCCGAAGACCGAGCCGAGGCGAGAAAAAUACAACGCAAGGCGGCUCGGUACGCUCUCCGCAAUGGAGAGCUGUACAAACGCUCAUACCUCGGCCCCUGGCUGA